AAGUGUACUUACUGUAGUAAGAUUGCAUCACAAACGAACGUCUGGUAGAAUUUUAUUUGUGCCGUUGCAAAUAUAUUUUGAACAAGGAGAAAGUUCACGAAAAUAUUUAUUUGGUGCAUAAUUGUGAUUGUGACCGGUUAACUAGACAUAAUUUCUUGAGCGACAUUUUAACUAAAUUGGAUAAUUAAAUACUUGUAGUUGGAAUGAACCAUUUUGUGGAGGAGAUAACGUAAAUUAAGUAUGUCACCAAUCUCAAAAAUAUUCCAACUCUGCUCAAUCGCAUGGAUUUCUGUGGUAACUUGUGAUUCCAAUUCGAUAAGCGAGACAAAGUUUUCAGAUUCUCUGACAAUUCCUACUCAAGAAAUUGAGUCAACUACGCAGGAAGCACCUGCCCAAAAUGGGUACAACUUUAUGGACAACAUUUUCAUAAAAUUUCCCUCCUUGUGGAAACAUAUCAACACGAGUACGACGGAUUCGGGGACGAGCUACUAUUUCCGGACUAAUUUCAACUCGUCGAAAUUCAACAAUUACCUAGAGCCAGAUCUGGAGCACAGACAGAUUUACUACCAGGAUGGAAUUGGGUACACGUAUCAGCGAAACCCGAUCGAGUCGAGGUCGCCACUUCCGGCCUAUGCUAUCCUACCAAUUAUCGUCAUUAUCAUCCUCCUCUGGAAACGUUGCCGACGUCCACCCACCAACAGACCUUUUCUUCCACGACACUGUACAGAGCGCGACCGCGCAAUUUCCACAUAUUUGCGCACGCUUGGUCGACGGGAUGGAAUUUCUCCACAAAACCCGAUUGUCACCGGACCCACGACAAUAUUUGCACUAUCGGGUGGACAAAUUUGGCUCGGUGAUGGGCCCAGUGCUAAUCGCGAGGUGGAUAACAAACCUCCCCCAGAAUAUUGGGAAACCGUGGGGAAGGAAACGACCGAAAUUGCACCCCCGACGUAUGAAGAUGCCGCCAAAAAUGAGCAGACCGAGGUGAAAAUUGUGUGAUAAAGGUGUGAUUGUUGGAUUUGAAACGAAUUAAUAAAUUGAAUACUCGAUAAUAUAAUUAAUUAAUGCAAA